CUGUGCUCCUCUGCAACAAAAAUCAGAAGUUGAUUUGGAUUUCAGAGGAAGGAGUUUCUGUGCUCCUCUACAAGAAAAAGCAGAGCUGGUUCUGUGAAGUGCAGUAGAUAAGCACAGACAUUGGGUACUGGUGUUGUGGCUCGAGAAUGGUGGAGUUCCAAUGGGGAGGAGGCGGUGGCCUCUGCCCCAGGCUUAUUGCAGUGCUGCUGGUGGGAUUCAUUGCCAGUAUUAGCAAUGCUGCUUCUGCAAAUGCAGAGGGCCCUACUCUGAGUGAAUAUGAGUACAAAUCCCCCCCUCCACCACCACCAUCACCAUCUCCUCCUCCUCCUUAUUACUACAAGUCUCCACCCCCUCCAUCACCAUCUCCUCCUCCCCCUUACUAUUACAAGUCUUCACCCCCUCCCUCACCGUCUCCUCCUCCCCCUUAUUACUACAAAUCCCCACCCCCACCAUCACCAUCUCCUCCUCCACCUUACUAUUACAAGUCUCCGCCACUACCAUCACCAUCUCCUCCUCCACCUUAUUACUACAAGUCUCCACCACCUCCAUCACCAUCUCCUCCUCCUUACUACUACAAGUCCCCACCUCCUCCCUCACCAUCUCCUCCUCCCCCUUACUACUAUAAGUCCCCACCUCCACCAUCACCAUCUCCACCUCCUCCUUACUACUACAAGUCUCCACCCCCACCAUCACCAUCUCCUCCUCCUCCUUACUACUAUAAGUCUCCACCCCCUCCAUCACAAUCUCCUCCUCCUCCUUACUACUAUAAGUCUCCACCCCCUCCCUCACCAUCUCCACCUCCUCCUUAUUACUACAAGUCUCCUCCACCACCAUCGCCUCCACCACCCUCACCAUCGCCUCCACCACCAUACUACUACAAGUCUCCACCUCCACCAUCACCUUCUCCUCCCCCUCCAUAUUAUUACAAGUCCCCACCUCCUCCAUCACCUUCACUUCCCCUACCAUAUUAUUACAAGUCCCCACCUCCACCAUCAGCAUACUUUCCUCCACCUUGCUACUACAAGUCUCCCCAUCACAAACACCACCAUCAUAAGCACCACCACCAUCAAAAACACCACAAGUCCCCACUUCCACCAUCACCACCACCCCAUCUACCAUAUUACUAUAAGUCUCCACCUCCACCAUCACCAUCCUCUCAUCCAUCAUACUAUUACAAAUCCCCUCCUCCACCGACAUACUAUUACAAGUCCCCACCACCACCAUCACCCUCUCCUCCUCCCCCAUACUACUACAAAUCACCUCCUCCUCCAUCCCCUUCACCUCCACCUCCCUAUUACUAUAAGUCACCCCCUCCUCCAUCACCAUCACCAUCUCCAGUGUACUACUACAAGUCACCCCCUCCACCAUCUCCCUCACCACCACCACCCUAUUACUACAAGUCACCUCCUCCUCCAUCUCCCUCACCUCCACCACCCUACUACUACAAGUCACCUCCCCCUCCAUCACCAUCUCCACCUCCACCAUACUACUACAAAUCUCCACCCCCUUCAUCAUCAUCUCCUCCUCCUCCUUAUUACUACAAGUCUCCACCCCCUCCCUCACCAUCACCUCCACCACCAUACUACUACAAGUCCCCACCCCCACCAUCACCUUCUCCUCCUCCUCCAUACUACUACAAGUCCCCACCUCCGCCAUCACCAUCCCCUCCCCCACCAUACUACUACAAGUCCCCUCCUCCGCCAUCACCUUCUCCUCCACCACCAUACUAUUACAAGUCCCCACCACCACCAUCACCUUCUCCUCCUCCUCCUCCAUCCCCUUCACCUCCACCUCCUUAUUACUACAAGUCACCCCCUCCUCCAUCACCAUCCCCCCCUCCACCAUACUACUACAAGUCUCCUCCUCCACCAUCUCCUUCACCUCCUCCACCUUACUACUACAAGUCACCCCCUCCUCCAUCCCCUUCACCUCCACCUCCCUAUUUCUACAAGUCUCCUCCUCCUCCAUCCCCUUCACCACCACCUCCUUACUACUACAAGUCUCCUCCCCCACCAUCUCCUUCAUCCCCACCUCCCUACUAUUACAAGUCUCCUCCACCACCAUCCCCUUCACCUCCACCUCCAUACUACUACAAGUCUCCACCACCUCCAUCUCCUUCCCCACCACCACCAUAUUACUACAAGUCGCCUCCUCCUCCAUCUCCUUCUCCUCUUUCCCCAUACUAUUAACAUUCUCCACCUGCACCACUAUAGACUGCUGUCACAAAGAGUUUUCCCUUCCAAUAGGUAGCGAAAUAUGCAAUGCAAUAACUGUCAGCUGGAGUAAAACAACAAUCUUUGUUGGAGUACCACCUCCAUCUUAUUUAUUGUUUGACAAUGCAGCUGGUGUUACAAUAACACUGUUGAGAAGGCUUAUCUCAUAUGUCACUGCAAGAUUUAUGAACUUGAGUAGAUCAGUAUUGCUAGUUGUACUUGUUAGUAAUAGGCUGAUUGGUAUUAGUUUCGUUCAGAUGGGGUCUUUGAAGAGAAACUGAAGCACAAUGAAAGGUGUGAAGAAAGAUUUGGCUGCCUUCAGCAGUGAAGAUUAGGGGUCUCUUUUUAUGCUCUCUGUUCUAUUUCCAUUCAGCAUUGAGAGGAAUUCGUUUAUUCAUGGCUGUGCUAUUGAAUAGAAUUGAAUAAAGUGCCAGCUAAUAAGCCCAUUGAUUUUCAA